AUGCCUGGAUCCCUGGAAUUGCAGCAGCCACCGGACAGACACAGGUUAUUCUUUAUUUUGCAGGAACAGAUCAGAAGACACUUCCUCUUGGCAACACUUUUCACAAAGAAAAGUGACGAGGAGAAAAUGAAGACGCUGUUUCUGUUGGUGGGCAUAGUUCUUUGCUUGGCAUUGGUGGAAGGCAAUCCAGGACCUUGUAAUGGCGUUAAUGAGAAUCUUAGGCCAUGUCCUUCAAAGUGCCCAGCUACCUGUGAAAAUUUGAACAAAGACAUUAAGUGCAGUCUUUUGUGCCGUCCCCCCGGAAUGUGUCAGUGCAAUGAUGGACAUGUCCGCGACAGCAAAGGAGUCUGCAUUCCUCGUGAUGACUGUCCUAAAAGAACUUGAUCUGGACCCGGCAAGGAGUAUAAGGAGUGUUCCGGUUGUGAAACAGCUUGUGAGGACACAGAUUGCAUAUACUGUACACUGACGUUUGUUCUCCCGCACAAUGCCGGUGUGGAUAUCUUCAUGAAAAUAAAAUCUGCUUACUACCAGGAGAAUGUAACUGAGCCUGCUGUAUGCUCCCUACUCACUCUAAUAAAGCUGAGAU